AUGGAUGAUAGUUGUGCAGUGUGUGCGGAGGUUCUUGAAUGGGUUGCCUACGGCGCGUGUGGCCAUCGUGAAGUUUGCUCCACUUGCGUGGCUCGGCUCCGUUUCAUCUGCGACGAUCGCCGCUGCUGUAUCUGCAAGACCGAGUUAUCUGUCGUUUUUAUCACCAAGGCUUUAGGAGAUUAUACAAGGAUGAUUAAUGAUUUCUCGGUCUUGCCAUCUGAACCAAAGGAGGGUCGAAUAGGAUCUUAUUGGUACCAUGAGGACACACAGGCAUUUUUUGAUGAUGUUGACCAUUACAAAAUGAUAAAGGCCAUGUGCAAACUGUCAUGUAGUGUAUGUGACAGGGAGGAAUCAAAUGAUGGAUCCAAGCGUCGAGGGAAGUUUAGGAAUAUUAAUCAGCUGAAGGGUCAUUUAUUUCAUCAACAUAAAUUGCAUAUGUGUAGUCUAUGCUUGGAAGGACGAAAGGUAUUUAUUUGCGAGCAAAAGCUAUACACUAGAGCACAAUUAAAUCAACAUAUAAACACUGGUGAUUCUGAGGUUGAUGGUAGUGAGAGUGAAAGAGGUGGCUUCAUGGGACAUCCCAUGUGUGAAUUCUGUAAAAAACCAUUCUAUGGAGAUAAUGAGUUGUACACACAUAUGUCAACUGAACACUAUACCUGUCAUCUAUGCCAAAGGCAGCAUCCAGGACAAUAUGAAUAUUACAAGAAUUAUGAUGACCUAGAGAUUCACUUCCGUCGAGACCAUUUUCUAUGUGACGAUGAGGAAUGUCUUUCCAAAAAGUUUAUUGUCUUUCAAACCGAAGCGGAGUUGAAGAGACACAAUACAAUUGAGCAUGCUGGACGUAUGUCUCGUUCUCAGAGAAAUGCUGCUCUCCAGAUUCCAACUAGCUUUCGAUAUCGUCGAAGUAAUGAACAAGAUAAUCGUCGUGGAAGGGGACGGACAUUUCGUCGUGAUCAAUCUGAUAACCAACUCUCCAUAGCCAUUCAAGCUAGCCUGGAGACAGCACAUUCAGAAAGCACAUCUCGCGAUCGAUCGUCCAGUGCACAAGUGAUCUCUGAUCAUGUAGAUUCAAAUGAUAUUGAUCCAAUAGUUCAGCCAUUUGAAUCAUUAACUGCCACAGAUCCUGAAACAACUUCCAGAUAUCUUCAAGCCUUGGGGCACUCUUCUAGGAACGCACCUUUGCAAGAAUCUUCCUUUCCUCCUCUCUUUACGACUCCCAGCAGUGGUCAACAAAAGGCCAAAGAUGAAUCAGAAGGUUUGCCUAAUAAUACAAUGGCAGCUCAUCUCCGGCGCCAAAACAACAGAAAUGCAACUGUAAUCAAUUCACCUCAGCUGUGGCCAGCAGCAAGCCGUGGGCAUGUAUCUAGUAGUCCAGCACUAUAUAGGCCUACAGUAAAUACAUCGCCUUUGAGUUCAAGGAGUUCUGCCAGUGGACCUGGUAUCUCUAGUUAUGCAAGUUCUACUCAGCCUCAGGCUCGACCAAUAGCAGUUCGUAGUCAUCUACCAGCUGGUUCAUCUGGGAGCUCAGGCAGCACAAGUUGGAUAAGCCACUCUUCAUCAGCCCCAAAUCUUGCCGAGAUUGAAUCCAUGAAACCCUUUAUUUCAGAUUUUCCGCCAGUUUCUGCAGCACCGACACGCAAGAUGCCCUCCAGUAGCCAGGGUGUGCUGAAUGUGGAAGAUGUUCAAACUGCAAACAAGUCAUUGGUGGAAAAGAUACGUGCUGCUCUUGAAAAUGAUGAGGAUAGAUAUGCUCUUUUUAAAGACAUAUCUGGACAGUAUCGUCAGGGUUCAAUUGACACGAGAGAGUACCUGGAUUAUGUGCAGCAAUUUGGCCUAUCACAUCUCAUUCUCGAGUUAGCUAGGCUUUGUCCUGAUGCUCAGAAGCAGAAAGAGCUUGUUGACACCUACAAUGCUAGUUUGAGAAGCAGUGGGCAGAAAGAGAAUGGUUGGGGCCGUGGUAGUGCCCAUUUAAAAGGCACUGAUGGUUCUAAGAAAAGCAAGGGAAUAGCUGUUGAAGAUAGCAGUUCAAAGGAUAGAUUGGCAGAUAGCUUUAUUAACUCUGUUCGGGCUCUGCAGUCAAAUUACAAGCCCUUGGAAGAAGAGGGGCAAGCCGGGGAGCUGCUAUCGAAAGAUGGGUAUCGGAUAGCCAAAGGCAAGUCAAAUGUCAUGCUUGAUGAGCGGCAAAUGGAACCAAGGAUCUCAAAUGACCCCUCUGUAUCUAGUAAAAAUUUAAAAGAUGGGGGUAAUGAUAAGCAGCGGAAGAAAACCUCCAAAUUUCAUAGAGUGAGGCUAGGUGAUGGCUCAAUGGCGGCCCUUUUGGAUCUCCAAAACUCCGAUCCUGAUCCUCGCAAUACAGUGGAGAACAGGAUGGAUGAUAACGAUAAUUCAGUAGGCGGGUUACCUGUGCGUGGUGUCUGGCGAAAAGGUGGGGGACAAAAACUCUUUCCAUGA